AUGUAUUUUCCUCUGGAGCCACUAGCGCUAGACAAUGCCUUGAAACAACUAAAGAGUACCAAAGCCGUUAUGGGAUUUUCUGUCAAUGAAGACAGUGGAAAAGUCCUUGUACUAGCCAAAGUGGACAAAUCUCUUGUCGAUGGAGGCUUGAAGGCGAAUCUCUGGGUGAACGAGGUGUGCACGGUUCUUGGCGGUCGUGGUGGUGGAAAAGACGCUAAUGCUCAGGCAACCUGUGAAAAUGUCGAUCGAUUAGACGAAGCAGUUGAAUUGGCAUUGAAAUUCGCCCAGGCCUCUAUCGCAUAA